AUGUCGGGUGAGCUUGAAAUGUAUCCAAGUUUUGAUGAUUCAUCAAUUAUUCAACCUCAUUCUAUCUCAUCAUUACCGGAUACAAGCAAAUAUCGUUUACGUCAUUUAUUAACUCAGAUUGAAAAAGAAUUUGAAAAUGUUUUAAUUGAAAAUGUACAUUUACGAAAAGAGUUAGAUCGAUAUACAUCCACUACAACGCCAUCAGCAUCGAAUUUCAAUAAUAAUAAUCAUCAAAAAGAUAUUGUCAGUCCACAUGCACCUACGAUCUCUGUCGAUGAUCAUCUCAUUAAUGCAUCUAAAAAAUCUGUAAGUAGUGGUUUGCGUGCAUCAAACUUUUUACCAAUGAUACGUAAUCGUGCAAUAUCAAAAUCGAUUGUAAAUACUAUUCGUAAUCAAACAACAAAUGUGAGUCAUUUACAAGAUCUUUUAUAUUCGUCAUCGAAUGAACAUAAAGAUGUUAUUUGGGAUGUACAACUAUCACCUCAUGCACAACAACAGUUUUAUUGCUCAGCAUCAGCCGACUCAACAGCUAUCAUUUGGGCGAGAAAGACAGGUCGUCCACUGAUUCAAUAUACUGGUCAUACUGGUUCAGUAAAUUCCUGUCGAUUUCAUUCAGAUAUUAGUCGAAGUCUGAUAUUGACAUGUUCAGGUGAUCAAGAAUUACACAUAUGGACAUUGGGACAACAAUUUUAUAGUGGUCAAGAUGAACAAACAGGAUUAGAUGAUUCAUAUGAACUUCAAGAUGAAUUACAACCUCCACCAUCUUCAUCAUUCUCAUAUAUUCAUAAAAUUCGAAGUCCAUUGUUAACAUUGAAAUGUGAUGAUGUUAUAUCGUGUGCCGAUUGGUUACAACAAGAUCAAAUUGUUUCAGCUAGUUGGGAUAGAUCAGCCAUUCUUUGGCAGGCCGAUACUGGCACACCAAUUCGUACAUUAUACGGUCAUGAUGGGGAAUUAACACAUGUUUGUUGUCAUCAAUCAAAACCAUUUGUUAUUACUUCUUCACGUGAUGCCACAUUUCGUUUAUGGGAUUGUCGGCAACCUGUUCAUAGUGUUCAAAUAUUUCAUGGUCACAUUAAAACCGUUAAUUGUGCUCUGUUUAUUGGAAAUGAACGUGUUGUAUCAUCAUCCGAUGACGAAUUUGUUCACAUAUGGGAUCAACGAAAUAUUCGCUCAGCACUUGUAUCGAUUGAUUGUAAUUCUCCAUGUAAUCGUUUGUCUUAUGCUCAAGAUAUUAUUGCUGUACCGUUAGAUAAUCGAGAUAUUCGACUUUAUUCAACUCAAGGUGAAAAAUUAUACGCACAACGUAGACAACAUUUACGAGCAGUAGAGUGUACAGCACUCACUAUACAAGCAGAUUAUUCACUAUUGUUAAGUGGAUCAUUAGAUCGAAAUAUAAACGGAUGGAAUAUUAAACGCAUUAUCGAUAAAGUGAAUGAAAAACGACAUCGAGAAAAUAAAACAUCGGCUAUGGCCAAUACUUUUGAUUUGUCUACUACGGAUGCAAAUAAUCCAUCAAAAUCAACUAUUCGUUCACCUACACAAACAAAUGUUAAUACAAGACAGGCAGGAUUUUCAAAAUCAAUCGAUGAAACAACAACAACAACAACAAGCAACGCUGAAAAUCAAAAAAAUAAUAACGGAACAAAAUCGAAAGUAUUUUUAUCACCAACCAAUAUGACAACAGCCUUAACAACAUCAGAUGUGAAAAAAUUAAGAACACCAUUACAAGAUAAAACAACAAAUGGAAAUACAUCAACAUCAACAGAGAAGAAGACGAAUACAACACCGACGAGUUCAACACCCGUAACAGAUAAACAACGAACAACAACAACAAAAGAUAAACCAUGA